UGGGGGUUACAGGAGGAGAUCCGAUUAUUGAAGGUGGCGCAAUUUGAGCAUGCAGAGCGUCUCUCGCAGCAUUCCGAGCGUUUGGGCAAACUGGAGAAACGACAUGACGAUUCGCGGAUAAGGUCGCUGUGGAGCUCGGCGUCUCCAUUUCCGGCUCCGCUUUCGACUUUUUCUCAACAACCUCCUAACGCCGAACCGGGAAACUUCAACGUGUACGAACAGCAGCACAAUCUUGCCUUGUCCGGGCUACAGCUCGAUGAGGUCGACGUUCCGAGGCGGGGAGCUUCUCGAGCAAACAGUGUACGAUUUGAUGAUAGCGCCACUACAAAUCACUGGAUCCACGAUUCUCCCGGUACCAGCGACUACUUCCAGCGGCCGGUGGGUGGCAUCGGCGGGUACGCCCUGACGGAGAGGUCAUCCUCACACAAGUCGGACAAUCGGUCCGACGGCAGGCAGAGCUUGCGGUCAUUCGGCGAAGGAGCUAGCUCCUCGUAUGAGGGGGACCACGGCACGGUAUUCCGACCUCCGACGAGAGGCUCCGAUAUCUUGGAUUCGUGUUUACAUCGCUCAUCUGCCCCACGGGUAGGCCCUGCCCCCGCAGUGGUGCGCUGCUGGCUAGAUGCCCCAUCCUCCCACGAGCCACUUCUAUACGCCGUGUUUUGCACUGGCUCAGCUAGAUCAUCCAUAGAGAUGUCGCUCGUCGCCCAUCUCGGCCUACAAGACCGCAUAAUCCGCACAUCCUCCGGCGACUCCAAGAUCGAGCUUGCGGUUUUUCUCCCGGACGCGAUAGUCCAACAGCACUCCCGGAUCACUGGUCCCUCCAAACUUCCGCGUCUAACGGUAGAAUUCACGAUCCUCCCGGUGCGCGCGCCGAAAUCGAAGGAGGGCGAGAAGAUCCGCAUAUUCAUCGGCAGCGAUGUCAUCGCCUCGCAUAUGGGAGAUGUGCUCUUCUCGCAGAGCAAGGUUUUCCUGCAUGUCGAUGACGGGAGAAAGGUUUUUGUUCCUUUUAUCAGGCCCGAGGCCGAGGAGACUUUUGGAGAUAUCUUCACCGCCCAU